AUGGGCCGCAUGUACGGCAAGGGCAAGGGCAUCUCCUCCUCGGCGGCGCCGUACCGCCGCAGGCCGCCCACGUGGCUGAAGAUGAAGUCCGAGGACGUCGUUGACCACAUCUGCAAGCUGGCCAAGAAGGGGCUGACUCCCUCGCAAAUCGGCGUCACGCUACGCGACAGCUUCGGCGUCCCGCAGGUGAGGUACGUCUCUGGGAACAAGAUCCUGCGCAUCCUGAAGCUCAACGGAGAGUCAGGGCCAGCGGGAGAGAGCGGGGCAGGGAUGGCCCCCGAGCUGCCGGAGGACCUGUACUACCUGAUCAAGAAGCAGCAAGCUGUCCACGCCUUGUCGGCGGAGGAGAUGGAGCUGUGGAUGGGCAUGGAGGAGGUCCAGUUUGCCGCGCUGUCUCUGUCUCUCGCGCAGUCCCGGAGGGACCAGCUCAUCCACGAGCGCGCCAUGCAUACUUUCGGCCUGUGCGCGCGGGCGGAGGCGCAGCAGGCCAACCUGCUCAUCGGCAAGUGCUCGCAGCAGGCGAUGGUCGCGGUGGCCGAGGCCAACGAGGGGGGCCUCGCUGCGGUCGAGGCGGAGCUGGUGGCGGCGACGCGGUCGUUGCGCCCGACGUUCUGGGAGCAGGCGCGGAUGCUCCAGGGGCGGGUUCUCGCGGCGAGGCCGACGCGGCCAAGCGGCCCAGUGCGCCGCGCCGUCCAGGGCGCCAGGUCGCACGAGGGGCUGCUGCUGGGAGUGCUGCUGGUGCUGGUGAUGGCGUUCCAGGCGGCAGGGGCGGAGAGGCAAGUCUUGGGUCAGUUGGGCGAGUUCCUGCACUUCAUGGGGGCGCCGUUCAUCGCGGGCAAGUUGCAACAGAAGUGUUGGCAGAAUGCAAACGCCUCGCCUGCUGUGCACACCACCGACGGGUCCUGGGACCCCACCGGAGAGGAUCAGCGGCUAGCUGAGGAGUUGUCCGGCGACCUCCCCGACUUGGACGCGGUGCUUGAGCCCGUUGCGGACAGCCUCAGUUUGCAGGCCCACGACGACAGCCUGGUGACCAUCGGCUUGGCGAAGGUCGAGCAGGAGAAGGACGGAGAGGGCGCGAACGGCGAGGACUUCCAGGACGGCCUGUUCGAGGGCCCAGGUGGCGUGGCGCCGCCAGUUGCGCAGCCCCAAGGGUGCGUCGAGGAGUCGAGUGGGAUCGACAUUCACGGGCUUCCUCUGCAGGACAUGUCGCCGAGCUGCCGCUUCCCCGCUGGGCGGGAGUUUGUCUCCGUCGCUCGAAUGCGCAACGCGGUGAACGCCUACGUGGACCGCGUGGCCAAAGAGGGGUGGCUCCAAGAUUACAAGUUGGGCACGAUGCAGGCAUUGGAGAGAAGGUUGAAGAAUCACCGCGAAGCGAUCGUCGGCAAGGUGGCGUACUCUGUGCAAGUUGCGUAUAAGCAGGUGUGUGCGAGGAUCAACGCUUCCAUUUCUCUUCACAAGUGCCCCAAGCAUUGGCUGGGCACCCAGGACGACGCGAACCUCGUCAACACCUUGGACCACUUCGGAAUCCAGGUGGCGUACUUGGCCUCUAAGGGACUCCCCUUGGCAGAGGACCUGACGGUCAUCUUUGUGCACAGCGUCUUCCAGGCUUAUAUCAAGAAGCACAACAAGGUCUCGACCGCGAUCGAAAACCCGAGCAUGGUCAUCUUCGACUUGAUGCGCCGACGCCCCGAGGAGGCAGCGCAAGAUAAGGAGCCGGAGCAUCCCGCCAAUGUCGAAGUCACAGAGGAGCGCGACGAACCCGCCGAAAAGAAUGCGAAGAAGGCGACGAAGCAGAAGGAUACCGUGGUCGAGCUCUCAACUAAGGUGCAGAUUGGUGUCAGUGCCAAGUACCACAUGGCCUACAUGGUCGCGGAGGCGAUGCGGUCUUACCUCUACAGCCCCCCCGAUACGUGCCUGGAACUCAAGAAGACGGCCGACGAGUUCGUGACCGAGAUCAGCACCGUCGCGCAUGCGCGGGCUCGCGCGAUGGAGCCACUCACUGGUGACAACGACGACGACGAAAGCAUUGUCUUCACUCGAGUGCUCGGGGCCAUCGGCAGCAUCGCGAAGUGCUGCAGCGCCGCAGAGAGUGAGCGGCCCACGUCGGUGACGGUACGAGAUGCCAGGAAGACAGUCCUGGAGCAGACGAGGCAGUCAGGCCAAACGCCUUCAGCAGAGCUCGCGCGAACCAUGAUCGCAUACAAGGUCCCGAAGGACGCCGCGGAGGUGCCCCGCUUGCACGUCGCACGAAAUGUGGAGGACGAGGCCGCGUCGAAGUCUUUCACCAGCGCCGCGGCCGCUUUCGAGUCUGACUUUCAAGAUGCCUUCGAUGACCUGGAGAACUGGGUUGUGUCUAAAGCGACGGGGGCUUCCACCUCCAUCAAUGGCCAAGUCGCUUUCAUGGGCAAGCUGUUCGCUGGGGCUAUGCUCUCCUUGCACAAGUGGUCGGCAUCCGCCUUGGCCGACAACGAGAAGUUGCUGAUUGACGCGGCGCAGAACUCCGAAUCCACCAUCGACGCGAGCUUGUGCGCAGUGGUCCGCACUUUCGGCGUGACGGUCUCGGUCCAGUGCGACGGCCUCGGCAAACACAUCGAGACCCUGACGAAGUCGCGGCUCGCGGUGCCUACGGAGGAGAGCACCUCGCAGGAGGGUGCAAGCGUGGCGCUUACAACGGCCGCGGCGGAGGCCCGCUCGGGAUCCUUCAGUGUCUUGGCGAUCUUGGGCGAGUUCCGCGACGGCAUGAUCGGCUUCGGAGCUACGCUGGGAGAUAUGUGGAAGCGCUUGCGCACGUGCGAGGCGGCCUUGAAUGAGAGGAGCUGCCCAGGUGCGACCAGCGAGCGGCCCCAGAGCGAGCAGAAGAACAACAUGUCCUUCCAGGCCCGCUUGGACUCCACCAUCAAGGGGCUCACUGACAUGAUCGAUUGCGUCAACUCCGCGGCGACUCUGGCGCUGAUUUUCUCGGGGCAGCACGUCGACAGGAACAUGUCCGAGAGGGUCAUCAGCAUGGCCAAGCACGUGCACAAUAUGAAGCACGACCCCGUCGUCUUCGAUGUUACGAGCGCCGCCACGAACGAUGAGCUGGUCGCGAAGGUCUGGAGCGACUUCCAGCGGUUCAUGGGGGCACCCCUUUACACGGCCGUGGCGGACGAGUUUACAAUGGCGAAGCUUUCGCAUAUCGGAACGAGGGUAUCUUUCUCUCUGGGUGAUGCGCAGCAGAAGUUGGCUACCCAGUCGGGCGAUUUCGACGCGAUCAAUGUGGUGGUUCGGUCGGUGGACUCUUACGGGGAGUUCGUCAGAGUUCAGCUCGAGCUCGAUGGCGAUUCCAGCGUCACCAUGGCCGCUCUGACAGCCGCGCAGCGCAGCGUCGCCCUGGGGGAGUUGAAGGAGUUCAUUUCGGCAAGCGGCCUUGCCGCUGUCGCUCUUCCCGAAGUCACUUGCACUUCGGACCCUCUCGGGCUGCGCAUGAAGGCCGACCAGGCCAUGUUGCACCUGUCCGUGGUGACCUCGACCAACGACCUUGGCGCCCUUUGCGCCUUUCUGCACGACGAGCUCUUCAAGGAGGGUGGCUACCAGAAGGCGCCCUCGAAGGAUGACGCGUUCAAGACGUUGAGCGGCCUGCAGAGGAUUCUCACAAUUUCAACCCACAUCGUCAUGGCGUCCUCGGACGCGUGCAAGGCGACAUGCCCGGACUGGGGCGCCACGGUCAACCCUGGCGGCAGGCUCGACUUAAAGAUGCUGGGCGCCAUAUUCGGCAGCGAGAAGAAGCUCGAGAAGGUGGUGUGCGCCUACAACGCCCUGCACAAGGACCUCAGCCCCACGUCCGCGGCUGCGCAGAUGAUGGAGGUGACGCCGCGGGCGCAGGGCAAUGACAUCGCAAGCGCCUGCGUCGCUACGGCCAUGGCGACGCUGGUGAAGGCUUCCCAAGUUGCGAUCGUGAUCAAGGCUACGGACAUCUCGAUGAAUAUGCAGGACAGCCCUGCAGGCCCGAGCUUGGCCGACGCCUUCGUGAAGGCAGCGGGCGCGGCGCCCUCGGCGCCUGUGAGCGAGAAGGGUGAGAAGCGCUCUCCGUCGCAGGGCUCUAGCUCACGCGCGCCUUGCCCGAAGAAGGCCGCCUCUGUCGUUUCUGGCCCUUCUAGCGGGGCGAAGGCCGCUGCCCCUGCGGCCGAGCGCGGUGGCGUCAAGCGCGAGGCCAGCCCUGAUCAGGGCAACGCGCCGCGCCGCGGCCUCAAGCGCAAUGUUUGCUGCCUCGGCUGGAGUUAUACUGCGCGCAGUGACGUGGCCAGCGAGGCCUACGAGAUGCCAGGGGGCGCUUUUGUCCGGGAUCUCGAUGUCUCUGUAACGGGCAUCGAGGAGCCAGAGGCUUUUGAUUUUCCCGAGGCUGCGGCGGGGCCGCCGCCUGACCCAGCGGCCCGAGCGGUUUCAAGUGGAGCCGCAGUUGCGGCCCCGGAGCCGACGGGCGAGCCGCCCGCCGCCCUGCGCCGGGCUCUGGGCGCCCCCCCGCUUCCGAGGCAGCCCCAGGACCUUGCCUGGAGGGCGAGCGACGCAGGCAUUCGGGAAUUUGAGGCCGCCGGCCAGGGCGGGCCCGCAGUCCUGCCGAGUGCUCCCAGUCCGGACAUGGUCCCCGCUCUGCCGAGUGCGCCGCUGUCAGCUGAGGACAAGAGCUGCGGGGUGCUCGCCCUGGUCUGUUUGGACCUGCGCAGCCGCGGCAAGAUCGGGCGGCUUGGAAUGGUCGGGGUCAACGGCAAGAAACUCCCGGACAUCAGGGCGCACAUGCAGCGGAACUUAGGGGAUGUCUUCCAGGGCAUCGAGCCAUCUGUCAUAGAGACGUGGCCAGCUGACGGCGUGGUCGCACCCACGGCGUUCAAGGACAGACGCCGCUGCAGACUUCAAGCCGGGGGAUUUGGCAAUCAUCUUCACUCCAGACGACACACACUACGAAAUAGCGAUGGAGUGUAUCAACAGGCAGCAGCACGCCCUCCUGCGGGCGCCGCGCUCCUGGAAGCCUGGCGCACCAGCGGCACGUGCGCGGCCGCAGCCACGAGUUCCUGUUUCCGGGCGCGGGCGGCCGCAAGUACAGCGCCGUCUUUAAUGCAUGCUCCGCGUGCGGAUCAUGUACUAAAACAUCCCAGAGGACAUGUCGGGCUCUGGCCGUCUGCGCCACAGACAGCGCGGGCCUGGCGCUCGUGCUUUGCAGAGGGCCGAGGGCAUGCAGCGACCUGCUCGAGGGCGUCUUGCAUCUCCUCGACGUUUCGCUUUUACA